CGCUGUCAAGUUCAAAGCUUCAAUGUUGAAUCCUCCUCCAAUAAUGUCGCAGAUGUCGAAAAGGAGGAGGCUGAGAAGCAACAGACAGAUGAAAAGCAAUCAGAGCUAGAGAUGGCCGCAGAGAUCAGCAAUGGUGGAGUACCUAUAGCUAUACCUCAAGUGGAAUUUCGAUGCGUACUAGAAAAAAUGAGCCCUACUGUGCGCGUCUUUAAAUUACCAAUUGAAAGAGAAACUGUAAAGAUACUGGAAAAUAUUGUAAUUCCUGCACCUGAACGUAGCACAACACCCCAUAAAAAUAAAGAUAGUAUCAUUGUGCCAUUGGAAGCCCAAGCCGCAACCGCUAAUGAAACCAAGGAAGCUGAAGUACCCGAAGUACCGAGGUCAAGGCCAAAUGCGACUACUCAGCCGAUUACUGAUCUGGAACACUAUGAGCAAAAUCCAUAUGAAACAUCCGCGAUUGUACCUGAACAGAGUCUGUUCGAAACAGAUUCCGAAGAUGAUAUCAUGGUGCUGGAUGAUACUACGAUGGAAGCGUCAAACUCUUUUAAGAUCAUAAAAGAUAUGCUGGAUAAUACGGCGAAACUUCCAUCAUAUUUAAGCUAACCGAGACAAAAGGAGCCUCACAACAGCCUAAGAAGACUAAUUACAUUGCAGGCACCUGCUCCUACAUCAAUCGUCGUACUAAAGCUAUAACAAUCACUGUAAUUGCAAGUGACAGCGUUCCUAAAAAAAUAUAUUGCGUAGUUACGUGAGCAAUCUUGAGGAUUCCACCGAUGGAACACUUAUUUUAAAUGUCAAUUUUCGCGACUUAAUUGAUUCCAAGGUAAUGGUAUCAACGGUGGAUUGAGAAGAUCUUCAACGUUUACAUUUCCAUGUUAAUAUAUUCUGAAAAAAUUAUAUAAACGAUCAAAUAUAUCUGAAGUCUUAGAUGGAGUGCGUCUUAAUUUGUUCUAACAGCUCGUCCGCCUCGUCGCUAGUCUUAACACGCAGCAAUAUAGACAUAGCCUUGCUCUCCUCCGGCGUUGGCACGCACACCAUCAUGACAUUGUUUUUGCCCAUGCGCUGACAUGGCAGACCUUUGCUCAGAAUCAGAUUGAUUAGAAUGUUGCCCAAAUUGGUGUCAGCGCGAACCAGCAUUUGAGUCUUAUCGGAUUCUUUAACGGGCUUCAAGUACAAGGUGCCCACA